AUGAACGUGCCCAGCACGCCAGGCCCUUGCGCCGGCGCCGCGACGCCUCUCGCGGCCGCCGCCCCGGGCACACCGCGGCCGCUGGUGGCUGCGCCCUCCACCCCAGCGCCAGGCGCCGCAGCGUUCUCUGCAGCCGCCGCGCCAGGCACCCCAGGCAUGUUGCCAGGCGGCGAAGCCCUGCUGAGCUGGCUUAGCGGCGCCAUGCUUUCACAGGCGCUCGCAAUGGCCAGCCACACGCCGGCGACGCCAGGGCCCUUCGCGCCGCAGGCGCAGCUGUGCCCGCAGGGCCCGUGGCAUCCCCAAGCGGAGCAGCUGGCGACGCCACAGCUGCUGCGGCGCUGGGUGCGUCGACAGUCCAGGAGGGACGCCAACGUGGUCGGCGGAUUGGGAUCCAGAGUCAGGCGAGACGAUGGCGGAGCCGCCGCAACCGUGGGAAAGGCGUGUGAACAACAGUGGACAAGAGUACUACUUCAACGGGGACACCAUGAUGAUCUCCUGGGAGAAGCCGGACAUCUGAGUUUCCAGGCGAACAGCCUGACCGGUGACGCGCUCACCAAAAUCUCUGAGGCGCACCCGCGGCCGCUGAGAUUGGCCAGGCUGGGGAGUGCGCCUUCCCACUGCUCUCGCCGACCACCGUUCCCGCUCCCUUCCCUGUGGGCACCAUGUGUGGCUCCAGCCUCCUCCGUCCCCCCGCCCUGCUGCUCUGCGCCUCUGCAGUCCCAAUUUCAACAAACCUGCGCCUGCGCUCUCGUAUCGGGGACCUUCGCCUGCGCCCUCGUAGGACUAGGCCAGGAGGCGCCCCCUGCCGUCGCUGACAACAGCGUUCUCCUGCUGUACAUACUGGCCGCUGUCUUUGACCUGCUCUAG